UUCUGUGUAAGAUGAUUCCUCUGUUUAUACGAACAGGAUACAAAAACAGGGGACACAAAAACAGAGGUUAAGAGACAGAGGAGAGUGUGAUGACGUGUAACAAUAUCAUUGGUUCAUACACCAAUGCUCUCUAUGGAUCUUCUUCGCCAGUGGUUCAACUCACUCCUUCUAACUUCAAGUCUAAGGUUCUUAACUCGAAUGGUGUCGUUUUGGUAGAGUUCUUUGCGCCAUGGUGUGGUCAUUGUAAAUCUCUAACACCAACUUGGGAGAAAGUUGCUAAUACCUUGAAAGGUAUUGCUACUGUGGCAGCCAUUGAUGCUGACGCCCAUAAGUCUGUCUCUCAGGAUUAUGGUGUGAGGGGUUUUCCAACCAUUAAAGUAUUUGUUCCCGGGAAGCCUCCUAUUGACUACCAAGGAGCAAGGGAUGCUAAAUCCAUUGCUCAAUUUGCUAUCAAGCAGAUAAAGGCCCUGUUAAAGGAUCGUUUGGAUGGCAAAACAACUGGCACCAAAAAUGGAGGAGGAUCCAAUCAGAAGAAAUCUGAGCCUAGUGUCUCUGUGGAACUUAACUCUAGCAAUUUUGAUGAGUUGGUUAUUGAAAGCAAAGAACUUUGGAUUGUGGAGUUUUUUGCACCUUGGUGUGGACACUGCAAAAAGCUAGCUCCUGAGUGGAAAAAGGCUGCAAACAAGUUGAAGGGGAAGGUCAAACUAGGUCAUGUCAAUUGUGAUGCUGAGCAGUCGAUAAAGAGCAGAUUCAAAGUACAAGGAUAUCCUACUAUCUUGGUCUUUGCUGCAGACAAAAGCAGCCCAGUACCUUAUGAGGGUGCUAGAUCUGCAUCAGCCAUAGAAUCUUUUGCUCUGGAACAGCUAGAAUCCAAUGUUGGACCUGUUGAAGUAACUGAACUAACUGGGCCGGAUGUCAUGGAAGAGAAGUGUGGUCCUGCUGCUAUUUGCUUUGUUUCUUUCUUACCUGACAUUCUGGACUCAAAAGCUGAAGGAAGGAACAAGUAUCUAGAGAUGUUAUUAUCAGUUGCAGAGAAGUUUAAGAAGGAUCCUUACAGCUUUGUGUGGGUGGCUGCUGGGAAGCAACCUGGUUUUGAGAAGCGUGUUGGUGUUGGAGGAUAUGGUUAUCCAGCAAUGGUAGCCUUAAACGCAAAGAAAGGAGCAUAUGCUCCACUUAAAAGUGGUUUCGAGGUUAAACACCUCAAAGAUUUCGUAAAGGAAACUGCGAGAGGAGGAAAAGGGAAUUUGCCUAUUGAUGGAACAUUGGAGAUAGUGAAGACAGAAGCUUGGGAUGGUAAAGACGGAGAGCUAGUUGAUGCAGAUGAAUUCUCACUUGAAGAACUCAUGGGAAAUGAUGACGCUGCCUCCACCGAGUCCAAGGAUGACUUGUGAACUUCUCUUUUGCAUCAUUGGUGCAGUUUUAGUUUUAAAAAAGUCUGUUAAAAUGUACCACUCAAGGCCAAUGAAUCAAUUCAAAUAGUUGAAACAGAGUAUAUAGACUUUGUGAAUCGUUCAGCUUUGA